GUGUAUUCAAUGAUAGGAGGAGGGGUUCAUCACCUUGGGAAAUUGACUGUCCCAGUCUCAGAAACAAAAAUGGAAACUGUAAGUGUAGAGCCUGGCUGGGGACUGCUAAUAGAAAUGUUGCUGACUACAGUUCUUGUAUUCACAGUGCUGAUGUCAGCUGUAAAUCCGAAAACCAAGACUUCGUUGGCGCCUCUGGCUAUAGGGUUCGCCGUGGCUGUAGACAUUAUGGCCGGAGGUAUGUUGACUGGAGCCUCUAUGAACCCGGCUAGAGCCAUCGGACCGGCAAUUGUGGCAAGUGCGGUUUUAGACAAUGCUUGGGAAUACCAUUAUAUAUACUGGAUAGGUCCUAUCCUCGGUGCCAUCUUGGCAGUUUUAUUAUACAGAUUUUUAUUCACUUCUUCAAAUCAGCAUCGGGUAGCUCAAGCAGAAACGAUGUGACAACAAAAAUAUAUUAAGAUAUUUUAUAUAUCUGGACAGAUUGGUAAUUAAAACUAUGGCCAGUGUUAUAUCAUAUAGACUUAUACGUCGAGCAUGUA